CGGUCACUUCCGUGUUUUGUGGAAAAGUUUUAUUUUGGAAAGUCUCUGCUUUUUCUCGACCAUGCAUUUGGGCUAAUUGUUUAGAAUAAAGUGAAUUUGUUUUAGAUAUAAAUAAAUGUGGCUUCCGGGGAAUAUUCGGUCUCGGUACUAGUUAGGUUUUUGUUCUGGUAUUUUUUCAGGAGUGUGAAAUGGACUUCAGGGAGAAGUUUCUUCUGCACUGGCUGGUGUGGCAGAACGACUACAGACAGCUGGAGAAAGAAAUAAACACGCACAACAUAGAGGAGGUGGACCCGAGAGGACGCACCCCGCUGCACUUGGCCGUGUCUCUGGGUCACCUGGAGUCGGUCCGAGUGCUGCUGAGACACGGAGCCCAGGUCACCAAAGAGAACGCCAAGAACUGGACCGUGCUUCAGGAAGCGGUCAGUACCGGAGAUCCAGAGAUGGUGCAGUUGGUCCUGCAGCGGCGUGAUUACCUCAAAGCCUCCACGGCUUUGGCAGGAGUGCCUGAGUUACUGUGCAAGAUCCGAGAGUCUCCAGAUUUCUACAUGGAGAUGAAAUGGGAGUUCACCAGCUGGAUCCCAUUGGUGUCGCGUGUGUGUCCGAGUGAUGUCUGUCGUAUCUGGAAGAGUGGCACAAGCCUGCGUGUGGAUGCCACACUGCUCGGCUUUGAGAACAUGACGUGGAUCAGGGGGAGGCGGAGCUACAUCUUCAAGGGAGACGAGAGCUGUGCCGAGUUGAUGGAGGUGAAUCACGAUGACGAGCUGGUGGACACGGAGCGCUUCGACAUCACACGCGAGCUAGACGAGGUCACUCUCGACUCCAUGCAGCCUGACCAACAGGAAGUGGCCAAGCGGCUGACCACACCCAUCAUCAACACCUUCCUCGACACCAAGGACAUCUCGUUUGAGAGGUGUAAAUCCGGGCUCUGGGGCUGGAGAACAGACAGGACAGAAGUGGUGAACGGAUUUGAAGCAAAGGUGUUCUCUGCCAACAAUGUGAACGUGGUGAUUCGCACGAGGACGGAGCACCUCACUGACGAAGAGAAAGCCAGAAUCAAAAGUGAGAGGAACAUUCUGGAGUCUUUUCUCGGGACAGUAGAGCAGCAGAUCAGCGCUCAGGGGGAUCUAACUCUUGAGUACGCGACGGCGACAAACCCAACAGCCAUCACUCCAGAGGAAUAUUUUGACCCAGACUUUGACCUGAAGGACCGAGAUAUCGGCCGACCCAUCGAGCUCACCAUCAGAACCCAAAAGUUUAAGGGGACGCUGUGGAUGAGCGAGGAGCAUCCCCUGUCUCUGGUGGAGCAGGUGACCCCCAUCAUCGACCUGAUGGCUCGGACCAGCACUCACUUCGCCCGUCUCCGAGACUUCAUCCAGCUCCGCUUCCCCCCGGGCUUCCCCGUCAAGAUCGAAAUCCCACUGUUCCACGUGCUCAACGCUCGCAUCACUUUCGGAAACGUGAACAAGUGCAGCACGGAGGAGCCGGCCGACGUGAGCCAGUCAGCCACUACACCUUCACCGACGGAGGAAAUGGAAAGCGAGAGCAGAGACACUUCAGGCAUCACUGCAUUCCAAGUGUCCCCCUCUGUUUUCACUGUUCCUGCUCACUACCACCAACGCGGGGGCAGCAGACACACACCCCACCCCUCCAACCACGACGAGGAGCUGCUGCAGUACGCCAUCCACCGGAGCUUACUCGAGUCCAACAGCAUGCAGAACUCCUGGGGUAACUCUAACGGCGUGUCCACACACAGCAUGGUCGAGAGCCUAAGUGAUGGGAACGUCUCCGAAGGCGUCCUCGUGGAUUUCAGCGAGACCACGCCCACCAGUACGGACUCCACCUCCAGCCCAGACUCCGACCUCCAGUUGGCCAUCGAGCUGUCGACCCGAGCGCAGGAGGAAGAGGACAGGAGGCAGAAAGAAGAGGAGGAGGAGCUGGAGAGGAUUCUGCAACUCUCACUUACGGAGAAAUGACCAAAAGAAAAGACGGAAAUGGAGGAAGGACAAAAGGGAAAAUCCUUUUACUGUUCUGCGCCUCGGCACUCGACUUCCACUUCCUGCUCUGCCAUCCAUUAUAGCGUGUAUCGUUCUGUUACGUUGACGAACGAUCCAUUCAUCAAGAAAACUAUCAUCACUCAUAGCCUAACCUUAAGAACACACUUUAACUCGCAAUCUAAAGACCUUCGAAAGCUUUUUUUUUUUUUUUUUUUAAAUGAGAACACUGUCUGGAAUUUCUGUCUUUCCUGAGACGACGAUGCUGCUGCUGCGUUUCAGAGAAAAACUCUGAGCUGCUUCACUGAGACUGUGUGAGAGAGUAACGUCUCUGAAAGACCAAACACGGUGUGUGUGUGUGUGUGUGUGUGUGUGUGUGUGUGUAAAAGCAGGCUCUGUUGAGUUUUACAUUUAUCUCAGGGUUCUUAUGGGUUCCUUUAGCAAUGUCGUUGACACAGAGGAGUUUUCAGAUUAGAGAACAUUCCGGUAGCUCCUAAAGAAUGUCCAGUUACAGUUUGAUUAGUUAUAAAUAGGGCUGAUAAUCGCCGAUGCUGUGCGUACGCUGGCGAUACAGCUGCACAGGAACUUACCCGUUCUAUUAACAUUGUCACUAUAAGCAGAUUAAAAAGUACUAUGUAGUUCAUUAAUAAAAUAAAACUAGUAAUAAUUGGUACAUUGCUGUGGUGUAAGAAGAAUAAAACUCUUGGGGACGUGCUGUUCUAGGAUAAGAAUCAACUUCGUCGUGAUUCAUGAAUUGACACCGUUUCAUCCCACCACCUCGUCACUGAUUGAUUGAUUAUUUUACUACCACAGCACGGCACACAGUGUUUUAUUCCUGAUGUCAUCCAGUUCCUUAGUUUCACUCCAAUUGGUAAGUAUGAAAAUGUAAUAUCGGCACAUGUCUAUUUCUGAUGGACGCGUGCAUGCAGGGCUAAUAUCAGCUUGAUCCAUUUUUGCCUUCUGUGUUCUUUAAUAAAUAUACGAACAGGAAGGUUGUUUAGAUUGUAAUUAAACUCUACAGGACAGGUUUGAAAUAUCUGAUCGCGUUGUUGGCCAGUUUAGGACGCGAGCACCUCGACUUCAAAAGCAAUACUGAUCCCACCGUGCCUCUGCGAGUGAGACGGGACGAGAGAUCCAGCUCUCCUAGCGUAGGCUUGCGCCUGAAAUUUUCACCUCAGCUUCAGGGUUUGGUGAUUCGUAUAAACAGUAACUUUGUGGUACAGUAUUGAAGGUGACUUCUGACAAAGCGUGUUCUAUGGAUUUGUGUGAAACUUCCUUUUUGAACGCUGGCGUUUUUGGAUGUUUUCUGGCCUUAUGAGGCUCUACGGGUGUCUUGAUUGAUUGAUUUGAUUAAUUUAUAUCUAGAGCGUUGGUUUGGAGUGAAGAUCCAUCACUGUGAGAUGAAGAUUCCACUUUUCGCUGUACCCCCAUGCUGAGUGUAAACCUGUCCAGCACAAGAGAAGGGUGAGAGCGUAACAGGAACUGAUGGUUAGUUUGCUUUAAACUAGCAGAGUGACUCCGUUAGAUCAGCUCUCAGAAUCUGCAACUUGAGCCCUAAAGUUACACCACGGAAAGAAAAAAAAUCAGGCAUAGAAAAUGCGGACUGAAGAAGGAAGUAUUAGGAUUAGGGCUCUUCUUCCCCUGCACAAAUCCCUUCAUUAGGAUUAAUGAAGUCAACACGUGCCUGCUACAUGACCUACAAGUCCUGUUUGUACAGUCAUCUCCACACAUUGGGUUGAAUUUACUGAUUCAUUAUUCAAGCAGAUGAUAAAAUAGCACUUGAUCCAGCACAUCCUAUUAUUAUUAUUCCUUCUUUACACAACUUCACUUAAUUAAGCUAUGUGAUACUAAAUCAAAGUCCUGUGCAGGAUGCAAGCUAUUUUAUCACACUUUCUUUUUUUUAAUUCACAAUUUUGUUAAAUUAAUAAUAAAACAAUGCCGAACUCUGAA